AUGUUAAAUAAUAAUGAAUCGACUGAACUACUUUCAACUUCAAUUCCCUACUUAACGAAUUGUCAUAAGAACAAAGAUAACAUUAUCAAUAAUGGUUACAACUUAUCCGAAUUCAAAGGGAAUUCUGAUUGGACAAAUUCAUGGUCAAAUAAUCGUAAUGCAGAGCAAAUUACAAUUAUGAAUAGUCCUGAAAUGCAGGUGUAUAAGACAAAUCAUCUGGUCGCUUCCAAAACAGAAAAUAAACCAAUAAUUGUAACUGUUCAAGGCUUUCCAAAAGAAAUGACCACAAGUGAUUUUACAAAAUGGUUGGAGAAAAAAAUUAACAAUGUAAAAAUAUUAUCUGUACAAUUCGAACAUUCUUUAUUGAAUGAAAUAUCUAAUGGUUUUGCUAAAGUUUAUCUACAAAAUAAUUCAGAUGCAGAAUUAAUUGUUCAAGAAUUUAACAAUACAAUAUUGAACAAUUCUCGAAUUAGUGCACAAAUCAAUUGAAUUAAAUUACAAUUCAAACGAUAGAUAAAUGGCCAAACCAUUUCUAUUAUAUUAAACUGAUAUACUAAAAUAAUGUUAAAUGAACAAAACAAAAACACGAUAUAUACUCAUUAUUAGGUAUUUGACUCGAACUUAAUUUAAAAAAUUAAAAUAUUCGUUUCUAAUUUAUAUUUUAAUAAAACAUUUAAUUUAUUUCGGAUUGUUUUGUUUGUGCUUUCUGAUUUUUUUAUGCG